CCUCGUAUUGUUAAAGUCUCCAGUUAGUGGCGGGACAUCAACAUGUCUAGGCCAAGGCAAUUUAAAAAAAAAUACUUGUAAUUCGCUAAUACCUGCUAAUAACAUGUGAAUUGUGUGCACGUGUUACGGAAAUUUUUAUUCUGGUAAAACUGCAAAAUGACUGUCACUGUUAAAGAGAAUAACCAUCAUACAUUGACUAUACCGAGUUUAGAGACGUACGAUUCCAAGACAGAGUUAGUGAAUAAUGAAAAAUGUUUGUCUGUUCCUGUUCUGUACCCGAUUCCAUGUAUUUCUGUACCAGAGAAGAUUUAUAGUCCUCAUGAGCAUAGACAGCUGACCCACCCAAAUAAUUUUCUAGGAGCAUUUCUACAUCUAGUCAAAUCAUCACUGGGCACUGGGGUACUGGCAGUACCAAGAGCCUUUAAGAGUGCCGGUCUCCUAGUAGGUCUUAUUGGCAACAUUUUGAUCGGAAUACUAUGUACCCAUACAGUUUAUAUCUUAGUAAAAACGUCUGAAAAAGUGUGUGCCAGAGGGAAGAUUCCCAGCUUAGGAUUCGCAGAUACUGCUGAGGAGGUUUUUAAGCAGGGACCGAAGCCUUUGAGGAGGUAUUCUGGAGCAGCCAGGCUUUUUGUGGAAAUCGCAUUGGUUUCCACCUACUACCUCGGCGUGGCCGUUUAUAUGGUCUUCAUCUCAGUUUCUUUAACUAAGCUCCUAAAAGAGUACUACCCACAAGCGGAAGAAUGGGACAAAUACCUCCUGAAACUAAUCAUUAUGUCUCUUCUAAUGUUUCUUUGUCAAAUUCGCGAAAUUAAGCAUCUGGUACCAUUUUCCUUUAUAGCCAACGUAGCUUUGGCGGUAGUCUUCGGAAUCACUGGAUACUACAUAUUCUCGGGACUUGAUGAAGUUAAGCAAGAAACCGUGCAUUUUUCAAACGGAUUUUCUGGCAUUCCAUCGUUCUUCAGCACCGUCCUAUUUGCCAUGGAAGGUAUCGGUACUAUUAUGCCAGUGGAAAACUCCAUGCCAAAACCGAAAUUUUUGGGACCAUGUGGCGUACUCAACUCGGCAAUGGUGGUGAUAGUUUUCUUUUUUACUUCCAUCGGAUUUUUGGGGUAUUAUCGAUAUGGGGACGCCACUGAAGUUACUAUCACGAAAAACUUGCCUGAUGAUGAAAUACUUGCUCAGAUCGUACAAGCCGCAAUAGCCAUCUCAGUAUUUUUCUCGUUCAUGUUGCAGUUCUACAUACCUACAGAUAUAAUGUGGAAGAGGCUUAAGCGAAUUAUACCGAGAGAGAAACAUAAUUUGGCUCAGAUUGCUUUGAGGACCAUUAUGGUAGCCAUUGUGACAGCUAUAGCAAUUGCUGGUGGUGAAGACUUGGGAUCCUUAAUCGACCUUGUAGGUGCAAUAUUCUUCUCCUCCCUCGGUUUUCUUAUUCCAGCGGGUUUGGAAAUUAUCGUGGAUUUCGAGGACGGAUGGGGACGGUACCACUGGAAACUAAUCAAGAACGUCCUGAUCAUUUGUCUGGCGAUAUUUGCCUUGGUGUCUGGAAGUUACUAUGCCAUACUGGAUAUGAUCGAAAAAUAAGCAAAUUUCUUGAAUUUUUUUAAAUACUGUUAAUUUUGUAUAUAUUGUUUUUUUUUAUUAAUUGUGAUUUAUUAUAUAACAAACUGUAAAAAAAAUA